AAAAUGGCAACUGGAAAGGACCCAUCACUACUGUCUUUGAUCCUCACCGUCGGGCUCACGGCGCUUGUAGCUGCUGGACAAAAAGCAGAGCAACCAGAAGUGGUGACCAAAUAUGGGAGUGUCCGAGGGUACCGAUUCAAAGUAGAUGCAGCCGAGAGGAGUGUAAAUGUCUUUUUGGGAGUUCCUUUUGCUAAGCCUCCAGUUGGACCUCUGAGGUUUUCUGAACCCCAGCCACCUGAGUCAUGGAAAGGUGUCAGAGAUGCCACUUCAUACCCACCAAUGUGUCUACAGGAUAAAGUACAAGGACAGUUUUUUUCGGAUAUUAUUACUAAUAGAAAAGAAAAAGUUAUUCUCCAAAUGUCUGAAGAUUGCCUAUACCUAAAUGUGUAUACACCCGUUUCUACAGGAAAACAGAAGAAACUGCCUGUCUUUGUAUGGAUCCAUGGAGGUGGAUUAGUUUUUGGAGCAGCUUCAUCAUAUGAUGGUUCAGCAUUGGCAGCCUUUGACAGUGUGGUGGUUGUAACAAUUCAGUACAGAUUAGGUAUUGUUGGAUAUUUUAGCACUGGUGAUAAGCAUGCCCGAGGUAACUGGGGGUAUUUGGACCAAGUAGCAGCUCUUCAGUGGAUUCAGGAAAAUAUCAUACAUUUUGGAGGAGAUCCAGGAUCUGUCACUAUCGCUGGAGAAUCUGCAGGAGGAAUCAGUGUUUCUGCUCUUGUCUUAUCUCCACUGGCGAAGGGCUUGUUCCACAAGGCCAUUUCAGAGAGUGGUACUGCAAUCAGGGUUUUGUUCACUGACCAUCCUGAGGAGGAAGCACAAAGAAUUGCUACUGCCUCUGGCUGUGAAAAAUCCAAUUCAGCUGCAGUGGUUGAAUGCUUAAGAGAAAAAACAGAAGAAGAGAUAGUACAGAUAACACUAAAACUGCAUCUCCUCUUGGUCAGUUCAUCUGUAGAUGGUGUGUUUCUUCCAAAGAGUCCCAGGCAAUUACUAUCUGAAAAAAAGAUCAAUGCAGUCCCAUAUAUAAUAGGAGUAAAUAACUGUGAAUUUGGAUGGCUACUUCCUAUGCUAAUGAAAUUUCCUGCUUAUGCAGAUGGUCUGGAUAAAGAUGUUGCACGUCAAGUUUUACAGAGCUCCUUAGUUUCAUCACUUAAGGCUGUCACUUCUGAAGUUGUUGAUCGAGUAUACAAUGAAUACAUAGCGAAUGCAGAAAACCGUGCUCAGGUGCGAGAUGGCCUUCUUGAUGCACUAGCAGACUUUACAUUUGUUCUUUCAGCCACUGAAGUGGCUAGAUACCAUAGAGAUGCUGGCAACCCAGUCUAUUUCUAUGAAUUUCAACAUCGACCAAGUUCAGCAACAGGUGUUGUACCAGAGUUUGUAAAAGCAGAUCAUGGAGAUGAGAUUGCCUUUGUCUUUGGAAAGCCAUUCUUAGCCGGGCAUGCUACAGAAGAAGAAAGUAAACUUAGCAGAACUGUUAUGAGAUACUGGACUAACUUUGCUAGAACUGGAAAUCCCAACGGAGAAGGCUUGGUCCAUUGGCCUCAGUAUGGUCUGGAUGAAAGAUACCUGGAAAUAGACCUGGUGCAAAAGGCAGCAAAGAAACUGAAAGGACGCAAAAUGGAGUUUUGGACACAGCUCACAAAAGAAAUGCUGAAUGAAAGGAGAGAACACACAGAUUUAUAAGAGUUGUGGAGGUUAUGGUUUGCUUUUAAAACCUGAAAUCAAACAAAAUUAGUUUGUCUGGAUGCAGAGUUAAAUAAUCACCUUCUAACUCACUGUUAUGUAAUUUGUUGUCAUGAUCACAGUGAAAGGAGAGAAUCAAGGGAGGUUUGGAAUGUCUGUGGGACUAAAAAUCACUAUUUAAUGAAGCAAGCUGAGAAAACACAUAACCUUUCAGGCUCAAAAACACCAUGGUAUCUACUCAGUAGAUAUCAAAACUGAAUUAUGCUCCUGUGAGAAGGGGGAAUGAGGGGCAAACUGGCAAAUAUAUUGAAAUCUGUAAGAAAUUGUCAGUACAGAAUAUAUCAUAAGUGUCAGGAUAUAUUAUAUGCUUAUUCCCCUCUUCUUUCAGAAAAGAAUGGUCAGUUGUCUUUCUUACAGCCUCUUUCCACUUUCUUUAAUUGGAAAUAGCUUGUAGGGAGCAGAGCAUCCAUCAAAAAAUAUCUGUGAGAUGGGCUUGACAUCUCACAAAUGAGGACAGAAAAUCUCUACUUGUUUUCUUGUUUUGUAAACUGUUAUAAAUAAAUGUUGCUUU